AGACCGCUCUCCAAAUUCAGCACAAUGUCGCAAUCUGCAGUCUUUCUUUGAAGAAUUUGUUAAAUUUGGUGAGAAAUCAUGGCGGACAAUGACAAAAGAUUUGUUACGAUAAUUAAUCUAAAUGUAAAAUCCCUCUGUUAUGUGUCUUUGUCUGUAUGUAGUUAGAAACUUCCUGAUCAAACAGGAAGGAUCCAGAGACAUCAGCACUCCUGACUAACAGCUCCACCCAGUGGAGAGCUGUGGUGACAACAGGAAGGUUCCUGAAGACUCUGGAGCUCCUCCAGUUAGAAUACAAAAGCUGGGGCAGUCCCACUGCUGAGACAGAAAGCAACACAGAAGAGGACAGACACUUUAACAGUGUUUCAUCUCAGAUCAAGAGGACUCAACACUAAACACACAGUGAAGAUGCUGUGCUCUCACAGACUCCACUCUGCCCUCAGUCCAGUCAUGGACUUGUACUGGCCUGUACGCAGUCUGUGGCCAGAGGUCAAGCCUCUGCUCUACCAGCAGGAGCUACUGCAGAGAAACCUCCAGGAGCUCCGCAGCAGUCUGGAGCUGAUGGACAAACUUCAACACAACAUCCUGGAGGAGACGGAGCCUUUCCAAAGCAGUGUGGCCCUGAGACCGCUCUCCUACCAGCUGGAGAAAGAGGGAGAGCGCUUUGGCCUGACCCUGGACACUCAAGGCUUUUCCCCAGAGGAGCUGUCUGUCAGGCAGGUGGGCAGGAAGCUGAGAGUCAGCGGGAAGACAGAGAUGAAGCAGGAGGACCGGAAAGGCUCCUACUCUUACAGACGCCAGGAGUUCAGACAGGAGUUUGAUCUGCCUGAAGGGCUGAACCCUGAAGCCGUCACCUGCUGCCUGGCUCCAGACGGGAAGCUCCACAUCCAGGCGGCCAGAGCUCCAUGUGUUGAGGAGGCUGAGAGAGAGCUGACCAUCAAGAGGAGCUCGGAGGAGAAACCACAGCAGAGUGUGUGUUCACACACAGAAGGCAGCAGCACAGAGACACACAACAGCACACAGGACAAACCUGAAGACAUGGACUCAGCUACAUGUUGUUCUAACAAUGUGCAGUAAAUGUGGCUUAUAAAUGUGUUGAAUGAUGAUUAUAUGAGCGUUUUGUUUAUUAUUGAACAUACUCAAAUAUAUAAUAGAAAAACAUA